UGAUGUUAAUAAUUGUAAAAUAUUUCAGAUUUUCAAAAUGAAAAAAUUGUAAUUCCAGUUUUUACGGGUGUGGCAUUUCAUGAAGAUGGCUCUAAUGGAGGAAUCUACAGAACCUCGUUGCCGUUCUCAUCUUAACGUAAUGAGCGCGUCUGAGUACCAGGAGAAGUACUGGGGAAGAUUACGAGAAGCAAUUGAUAAAAUGUUGACUCCCCCUCCACAGGGAUGUAGACCUAUAUCAUUUGAGGAGAUGUACAGUAAUGUGUACUCGUGUGUAUGUAAACAGUACAGUGAACGAUUAUACCAGGAUCUAAUAAAUCACAUGAGAACUAGGGUGGCAGAGUGGUCGAAACUCAUGUAUCAGGUUCCUGAUGAAAACCUAAUCGACACCUUCCACGAUUCAUCAGUUCAAUUUUUCCAUGCAUCUGAGGGCAUUGUUCGUAUCUUCCUUUACCUGAGUCGAAAUUAUAUUGAAACCAAGCUGAAAACUAGCCUUCAGGAGGAACUUAUGAAAAUAUUCUCAUCAAUGUACACAGAUCUUCAUGUUAAUCGUCUUCUACCGCUAAUGGCAGAAGCCCAGUCUAAACCGUUCUCUGUCCAGCCAGUCAAGAUGGCAACCAUCUGUAAACAGCUGCAUCUGUUGAACCCUGCAUAUACAAGCCUACACCCUGACAUAUUCCUCCAGUAUUUACCUAAUAUUGGCCCAGCUAUGACGGAACAAGAUCUACAGAACCAGAGGGAAGCAGAGAAGCGGAUGCAAAAUGAGCUAAUGCAACAGGGUUGGAAUACCCAGGAUACAAGGAGAAAGCGAGAGUUUGAAGAGGAACCAUUGAUAACUACAACCUGGAGUAAAUAGAUUCAUGUGAAACUAAUGUAAAUAAAUCCACACAAGACUGUUGUAAAUAAAGGGCCUGGAGUAAAUAGAUCUAUAUGAAACUGCUCUAAAUAAAGGGCCUGGAGUAAAUAGAUCUAUAUGAAACUGCUGUAAAUACAGCCUGGAGUAAAUAGAUCUAUAUGAAACUUCUGUAAAUACAGCCUGGAGUAAAUAGAUCUAUAUGAAACUGGUGCAAAUAUAGCCUGGAGUAAAUAGAUCUAUAUGAAACUGCUGUAAAUACAGCCUGGAGUAAAUAGAUCUAUAUGAAACUUAUACAGCCUGGGGUAAAUAGAUCUAUAUGAAACUUAUACAGCCUGGGGUAAAUAGAUCUAUAUGAAACUUAUACAGCCUGGGGUAAAUAGAUCUAUAUGAAACUGGUGCAAAUACAGCCUGGAGUAAAUAAGGUGGCGUAAAUAUAACCUGGAAAAAAAUUCUUGUGAAACUGCUGUGAAUUGACCAACAAGUGAAAAUGUGUUAAGCGUGAAUCGGUAAAAUAAAAACCAAAACUCGUA